UGCAGCGCACUCAUACCUGUUACCGGGUUCGGAUCCGCAUCCAUGAGACGAGCUCCGAAAGGGAAAGAGUCGUCAACUACAGAACCCCGGCGACCAUCGGCGGCCCCUGUGCUCUGCUCACGGCAGACAAUCGCCUGGGAAGACGCAGCGGAGAAGUUCUGGAGAUCUAAACCCCGACUCGCAGCCAAGAAAACUACUAGUGCAGCUCACCAUCCAAUCCGUUUCUUGCUCCUUCAGAAAUCGGAGGGGAAAAGAUUUGCUUUUGCAUCGUUGAGAGGAGCGGCGGCUAAGAUGUGCAGCAGAGAUGGUGCUGAUAGUGGGAAGGCUUCCUCAGAUAACACGAGGAAGCUCAAAGAGUUGCUGCACAAGAGUGACAAUCGCAUAUGUGCAGACUGCAGCGCACCUGAUCCCAAAUGGGCAUCAUCUAACAUUGGUGUAUUCAUAUGCCUAAAAUGCUCUGGUGCCCACAGAAGCCUUGGAACACAUGUAUCAAAGGUUCUGUCUGUCACUCUAGAUCAGUGGAGUGAUGAUGAGACUAACUCCAUGAUAGAAGUUGGUGGAAACUCUUACGCCAAUGCUAUAUAUGAGGCAUUUUUGCCCAAGGGAUAUGACAAACCACAUCCAAAUUCCACCCAGGAAGAGAGAACAAAUUUCAUCAGGUCGAAGUAUGAGUUGCAAGAAUUUCUGAAGCCAAGCCUAAGGAUAACUUCUAAUAAGAGCUCUUUACAGCCUACCGACUCUCGGAAAGAUAUGGGCAACGCCUCUCAUUUUGUUAGUUUCAACAGUGAGGCUGGCAUGGUUGAGUUUAUUGGAAUACUAAAAGUUAAAGUGAUAAGAGGGACUAAAUUAGCUGUAAGAGACCUGAUAAGUAGUGACCCCUAUGUUGUACUGGCCCUUGGACAGCAGAAAGCAAAGACUUAUGUGAUUAAACGCAAUCUGAAUCCUGUUUGGAAUGACGAGCUUAAGCUGUCAGUUCCUCAGCAGUAUGGACCUCUCAAACUUCAAGUGUUCGACCAUGACAUGCUAUCAAAGGACGACAAAAUGGGCGAGGCCGAGGUCGACCUGCAGCCGAUGAUCAGCGCGGCGACGGCGUUCGGCGACCCCGACCUGCUCGAGGAUAUGCAGAUCGGCAAGUGGCUCAUGUCCCCGGACAACGCGCUGGCCAGGGACAGCGCCGUCAACGUCGUCGCCGGCAAGGUGAAGCAGGAGGUCUCGUUGAGGCUGCAGAACGUGGAGUCCGGGGAGGUGGACCUGGAGCUGGAGUGGAUACCUCUCACUCCAUAGAGUUCACCUGUCAGGUGAUUGUAGCUCGCAAGUGAUGCCUUCUUGUGAGUACAGAGGUGAAUGUGUGACAUAGUUGUGAUGAGUUUUUGAUCUUGUUUCGAUUGUGACAAUAGGAAUAUGCAAUUUGGUGUUGUGGCGUAUGUUCUUUCCAUUCCUUCUGCGAUGUCGACGGAAAGACGGAAAGAUGUACAACUACUUCCAUCAUUCCUUGUCAACCGAAACUCAUUCCCUCGCAGUCAUACCAGGUCAGGAUGCAUGCAUGUAUAUGGCUGAGUUUCUGACGAGUCUCGAACUCCAUGGCCGUGAAGACACUUCAUACCCUCGAUCUUGAAGGCCAUCCAGCUGAUCAUAAUACCUUUAUAUUUUUAACGAUCGACUUCCUUCUCCAGUAGACUAGUAGAUGUUGCAAAACUCUAUCAUACUCGUUGUGCAGUAUGUGUAACGUAUUUAUUCAGUCAGACAGUUUACUAGUGUGGACUAUAUGUUUGAAAGAACAAAUUUCAGAAUUCA